UUCUGUUUUUGUUUUUAGUGCAACAGCUGAUCAGCUCUCUUUUUUGUGAAAUUGUGAAUAUUUUUAGUUUGUUUUGUUUCGUUUAGCGUUUCGUUCAGACCCGCAACAUGUCCGCGUCCAAGAACGAGAUGUACUACAGCCUGCUGGAGUGGUUCAAGACCCUCAAUUUAAAUGCGCCGCACGCAGAUGCAGAGUCCCUGGCCGACGGAGUUGCUCUGGCCCAGGCGCUGAAUCAGUUCGCCCCCGAAUCUUUCACCGACGCCUGGUUGUCCAAGAUCAAGGCCAGCGCCGUGGGCAGCAACUGGCGGCUACGGAUGAGCAACCUGAAGAAGGUCUCCCAGUCGGUGUAUGACUAUUACAGCGAGGUUCUCAACUAUUCGCUUAGUGAUUUCUCUAAACCGGAUCUUCAGCGAAUUGCUGAGAAAUGCGACCUGGGCGAGCUGGAGCGGCUGCUGCAGCUAGUUCUCGGGUGCGCUGUCAACUGUGCCAAAAAGCAGUCCUAUAUCACCGAGAUCAUGUGCCUGGAGGAAGAGCUACAGGCAAACAUAAUGCGCGCAUUGCAGGAACUGGAGUCCACGAGGCAAGCCUCCUCCCCGGAGGGCGGUGUGGUCAGCUCCCUGUCGCGCAGCUCCCUUAGCGGAAUUCUGGAUAGCAAGGCUGUGCAAGAGGAGCGCGACGCCAUGGCCCAGAAAUGCUUUGAGACCGAGAAAAAAAUGCUGCUGCUGAUCGACGAGAAGACCAAUCUGCAGCAGGAGUUGCAGAAGCUACAGCAGGAGUUUGCCCGCCUAGAGCAACAUUCCACGGUGAUCGGCGACGAUGGAGUCUCUUUGGGGCCUGUCCAAACUGGAUCUGUGCGCUACAAUGAGCUACGCCGGCAGUUGGACCUUCUGAAGGAGGAGCUUCUUCAGUCCGAUGGAGCACGAGAAGAUUUAAAACUCAAGGCCCAGCAACAGGACACCGAUAUUUUGCAAAUGCAAAUGCGCAUCGAGGAACUGAUGAAAAGCUCUGCUGAAGUGACCACCCUCAAGGACGAGGUGGACGUUCUAAGGGAGUCCAAUGACAAACUAAAGAUAUGCGAGGCCCAACUUGACACGUACAAGAAGAAGCUAGAGGACUAUAACGACCUAAAGAAACAGGUCAAGAUCCUCGAGGAGCGCAGUGCCGACUAUGUGCAGCAGAACGCGCAGUUCGAGGAGGACGCUAAGCGAUAUGCCAACACCAAAGGUCAGGUGGAGCUGUUCAAGAAGGAGAUCCAAGACCUGCAUGCCAAGCUGGACGGAGAGAGCAGUAAGAACGUUAAGCUGGAGUUUGACAACAAGAAUCUAGAGGGCAAAAACCUGGCGCUGCAGCGUGCAAAAGACAGUUUGCUAAAGGAGCGCGACAAUCUCCGCGAAACCGUCGAUGAGCUAAAGUGCGGGCAACUGUCCUCAAAUACUGCGCUGACAGGCACCACCGUUUCCCGGGAGUUGCAGCCGUCGGCCACAGUAGAGAAACUACAACGUCUGGAGGCGGAGAACAAGGCGCUGCGCGAGGGGCAGGGUGGUCAGACUGCUUUGGCGCAACUUCUGGACGAUGCCAACAAGCGCUGCGAGAAUUUGCGUGAACAGCUGAAGACAGCAAAUGAACGUAUUCUUUCCCUGUCGCAUGCCUCCCAAAGCGAUGAUCCCAUUUUAAAAGAGAGCGAGUUUGGCAAACAAAUCAAGCAGUUAAUGGAGCUUAAUGAACAAAAGACACUCCAACUGGAGGAAGCAGUCACUCAGAGCACUUCCCUGCAAUGUAAAGUGACCCAACUGGAAACAAAUUUAUCAGCACGUGAGCAAGAAAUUUUGGCGUAUGACGCAAAAUACCGGAAAUGCGUGGAGAAAGCCAAGGAGGUGAUCAAGAGCAUAGAUCCACGAAUUGCCAGUGCUCUAGAUGCUAGUGUCCUGGAAAAGAGUGCUGAGCUCGUCGAGGAGGAACCCAAGCCUAAGAUGAGCGUAAUGGAGGAACAGCUGAUGACGUCCGCCUUCUACAGGUUAGGUGUGAAUGCCCAGCGCGAUGCAAUCGACUCGAAGCUGGCCAUCUUAAUGGGCUCGGGCCAGACAUUCCUUGCCCGCCAGCGGCAGUCGGCGCCUCGUAAAUCCCUAAGUGCAAUGAAAUCAAAGUAAAAAGCAUGAACCUGAUGUGUAGGCUAAGUCUCAUUUCUUGUUUGAAAAUUUAUAUAAAUAAUAUAUAUUUCAAGUAUUUA